UCUUCCUCUCUGAUAGCAUCAGACUGGCGCUAAGACCAACACGACGCAGAAGACCAUCAAAGUGGAAAGUUAGCUACAAUGUUGCUGAUGGUUGGUUGGUUUGUUGGUUGUCUAGUCACGAUUUUUGUGGCGCAGGCAGCGGAGCCAUACUGAACCAUAUUUGGCGGAGCAUCCCUCGCUGAUCUUGGUGCCAUGGUUUACAUUUCCAGACUAACCAGUUCACUGCUUCAGGAUGGAUCCCAUCUGAUCUAGCUAGCUACAGAGGAACAAAUGCAACAUCGCAAACAGGUUGGGUAAAUGAAUCUCAUAAACCUAGCUCAUGUGUUAAAAUACGUUCAUUCAAAAAUGUUCAGUAGAAAGGGUGAUCGCAUAGCUAGCUAGUGUUUGUUUCAGUUAGCUAACAUCCCCUGCUGUUUGUAUCCCAACUUCAAAUCCCGGAUGUAACUAGCUAGCUAACGUCACUAUUAAGAGCUUAGAAAUUACGAACAAUGGUCUGUAAAUAACUAGUUUUUUUUAUUAUUAUUUUUUAUUCUAGUUUAGCUAACUAACCUGUGAUAAUUAGCAAGGCUGGCUAACUAUUAACCAAAAAUGGACUAAAUUAGGCUAAAUGCGUCAGUAUGCUUACUUUCGGCUAGCGCUAACUAGCUGAACCGAACUAGUCCUGUUUGUCUGUUUUGAGACGCCGUAGCCAGUAAUUCGCUUUAUUAAAAUAGUCACAAUUAAUCUAAAGUAACUCAAGAGAUCUGUCAUGAAUUUAGAAGUUUUUUGCCGAAGAGAUCUUUAGUCGCGCAAUUUUACAUCUAGCUAAGAUGUUUGGUGCAGUAAAAAUUGCAUGAAAACGAGUUCUGUCGUGGAAUGACAACAAAGAAUCCCUGCUCUUGUCCAGUCACCUAACGAGGAGGUCGUAGACAGCUCCAGAAAACAGCCGAAGAAACCCCUCACCAAAAUCCUAAAGGAAUAAAAACGUCAAAUGUUGUCAUAAUAUAUGUACGAACUCUACCGAACUGUGCCUUCAUUUGAAAAUACCUUAGCUUGAAAAACGAAAAAACAACAACCUGGCAAUGGUAUUGUUUGUCCAUUUUGAGACGCUGUAGCCAGAAUUAACCUAAGAUAAUCAAGAAAUCCUUUUAAUUUUUGUCGGAGAUGUUAGUUGCGCAAUUUUAUGUCCAAGAUGUUUGGUGCAGGAUUUCUCAAGUUAAAUUUUUUAGCAUGAAAACGUUGUACUAAGCUAAAAUGUGGGAUUGUUUAAGAUGGUCAUACCAAGGAUCAUUUAGCUAUUUGCAUUUUAGGACUCCUUUAGGUAUAAAACAAAUACUUGAUGAAACAUUGAAUUUGGCCUUACUGCUAUUAGGGUUAGGGUGCAGUCGUCCUGUCCCCUUUGCAGAAAAGCAUCCCCAAAGAAUGAUGUUUCCACCUCCAUGCUUCACGGUUGGGAUGGUGUUCUUGGGGUUGUACUCAUCCUUCUUCUUCCUCCAAACACGGCGAGUGGAGUUUAGACCAAAAAGCUCUAUUUUUGUCUCAUCAGACCACAUGACCUUCUCCCAUUCCUCCUCUGGAUCAUCCAGAUGGUCAUUGGCAAACUUCAGAUGGGCCUGGACAUGCGCUGGCUUGAGCAGGGGGACCUUGCGUGCGCUGCAGGAUUUUAAUCCAUGACGGCGUAGUGUGUUACUAAUGGUUUUCUUUGAGACUGUGGUCCCAGCUCUCUUCAGGUCAUUGACCAGGUCCUGCGUGUAGUUCUGGGCUGAUCCCUCACCUUCCUCAUGAUCAUUGAUGCCCCACGAGGUGAGAUCUUGCAUGACCGAGGGUGAUUGACCGUCAUCUUGAACUUCUUCCAUUUUCUAAUAAUUGCGCCAACCGUUGUUGCCUUCUCACCAAGCUGCUUGCCUAUUGUCCUGUAGCCCAUCCCAGCCACAAUUUUAUCCCUGAUGUCCUUACACAGCUCUCUGGUCUUGGCUAUUGUGGAGAGGUUGGAGUCUGUUUGAUUGAGUGUGUGGACAGGUGUCUUUUAUACAGGUAACAAGUUCAAACCGGUGCAGUUAAUACAGGUAAUGAGUAGAGAACAGGAGGGCUUCUUAAAGAAAAACUAACAGGUCUGUGAGAGCUGGAAUUCUUACUGGUUGGUAGGUGAUCAAAUACUUAUGUCAUGCAAUAAAAUGCAAAUUAAUUACUUAAAAAUCAUGUCUCUCACAGUUGAAGUGUACCUAUGAUAAAAAUUACAGACCUACAUGCUUUGUAAGUAGGAAAACCUGCAAAAUCGGCAGUGUAUCAAAUACUUGUUCUCCCCACUGUAUAUACACUUCCAUACAUUUUUCAAAACUGGUACCGGGUUACCUUCAGACUAGUCUUGAGUGUCUCACCUUUCCACAGAGGGGUCAUAUUGGUGUGUAGUCCAAACUGUUCGGACGCUACAGACAGAAGUUGUCAGGUCGGCGGUACCAACUAUAGAUGAGUCCCGUAAGCUUGUGGUGGUCGUAGAGCAAAACGGAGAAUACCAUGUUUGUGAGAGUCUCAUAGGGCAGUCCCCGGCAAAAAAAAAAAACUUGGCCAACCGAGCGUUGCCUGUUCUUUCGACCAAUCGAUUGGUUGAAAUGUUAAAACUUGUAUUUUUCCAAAUAGACACACCCUGUGUGUUUUUAAUAAAAUCAACUAUAUGCACUGAGCUUGUCUGAUGCUUUAAGUACACUGUUUGAUUUAAAUAUUUAAGACACACAAAUGACUCGAGGGAAACAGAUCAAGAUAGCCUAACCAGAAGAAAACCUUGUUCCUCACCCUCCUCCUGCUGAUUGUGCCAUAAUGCUCCUGUAGAUGCCGGUAAUAGGUUACACCAGGGGUCGGCAGCCUUUUCCAAUUUCUACCGAUCUGCGUGCCAGUUAUGAUUUUCACAUGCACAUUUUCAUGGAACAGUUUCAUUUAAUUUAUUAUAGUCUUCGUAUCUCAAAAUCAUUGUCAUGUGGUUAAUCUAAAUUCUAUCUAAAUGAAAAUGAUACAAACCUAAAAAGUAACUUCUAUUGCCAAUAUGUAAAAAAAUUAAUUAAAAAAAAGCCUACAUAAAGCCAACGAAUAAAAACGUUACAGCCUGCAGGUAGAAAAUAUCCAGAUAAUUUUUUUUAAAUAUCCUGUAAAUCACAUUGGCUACUCAUGGCAUCUCUACAACAACCUUGAAACAUUUGUAUCAACUAUUAACUGGGUCCAGCCCGAAGCUUGUAUAAAAUAAUCUGGGCCACAGCGAGCUCCGGACAGACACAGCUGAAGGCUAUUUUCUGCAAGCGAUAAGAAGCAAUCAGGUAUUUUAUGACUGGAUCAGAACAUUACAUUUUUCCCUGUAAUGCCAAGUGGGAAUUGAAAGGGAGAGAGCUGGAAAUAUUUUUCAAAUACAUUGAGGAACUAUUGUCACUCAAUGGAUUCUAAAAAAAUACUUGUUUGAGGUGAAGGGGGAAAAAAGUACUUUGAGAAGCUCCACAGCUCAUUAGUGGUGGUGCAUUAAGCCAAUCAGAAAUACUAUCAGAUCCCCAAAUGGGCACAUUUAUAGGCCACGUAGCCUAGGCCUACUUCUAUGCGUAAUCAGGUGUGUGUCUUUACUCAACAUUGACAGGAGCGCUCCAAACAAAAGACAAUAAAUAAACUCGUAAAUGGAAUGAAAUAAACCAAAACGUGUUUCUCAGCAGGUUUUGAGCUCUGCAAACAACUUGUCCACUCUGAGAAUGAGAACAGUAAAUGACUGCAACAAUAAUAAUAUACUGAACAAAAAUAUAAACAAAACAUUUUUUUUUUUUACUGAGUUACAGUUCAUUUAAGGAAAUCAGUCAAUUGAAAUAAAUUCAUUAGGCCCUAAUCUAUGGAUUUCACAUGACUAGGCAGGGGCGCAGCCAUGGGUGGGCCUGAGAUGGCAUAGGCCCACCCACUUGGCAGCCAGGCCCACCCACUGGGGAGCCAGGCCCAGCCAAUCAGAAUGAGUUUUUCCCCACAAAAGGGCUUUAUUACAGACAGAAAUACUCCUCAGCACCCCCAUCCCCCCUCAGACGAUCCCGCAGGUGAAGAAGCCGGAUGUGGAGGUCCUGGGCUGGCGUGGUUACAUGUGGUUGGACUUACUGCCAAAUUCUCUAAAUGAUUUUGGAGUCGGCUUAUGGUAGAGAAAUUAACAAUAAAUUAUCUGGCAACAGCUCUGGUGGACAUUCCUGCAGUCAGCAUGCCAAUUGCACACUCCCUCAACUUGAGACAUCUGUGGCAUAGUGUUGUGUGACAAAACUGCACAUUUUAAAGUGGCCUUUUAUUGUCCCCAGCACAAGGUGCACCUGUGUAAUGAUCAUGCUGUUUAAUCGGCUUCUUGAUAUGCCACACCUGUUAGGUGGAUGGAUUCUUGGCAAAGGAGAAGUGCUCACUAGCAGGGAUGUAAACCAAUUUGUGCAAUUGUUUUUUGAGAAAUACGUUUUUUGUGCGAAUGGAAAAUUGUUUAUUUUAUAUUUUUCAGCUCAUGAAACAUGGGACUAACACUUUACAUGUUGCGCUUAUAUUUUUGAAUGGAUUAACAGAAGUUGCCGUAACCAAACAAACAUUGUAGAUUAGAAAUUAUGGGAAUUAACGGUAAUGUACUGGUGAUAUAUGUAAUGGGGAAUUGAUAGACACUAACAAUCAAAGGGCAAACAAUUCACACAAUGAAGUGAUAAAACAAUGAAUGCGCAAAAAAUGGCGGGAGAGAGCGCAUUCUGGAGCGAGACUUGCCUUGUGCAUCUUAGCCACACUCCCUUUCUUCCUGAAUGGAUUAGUCCACUGUGACCCGGCACAAAUCAGGCGGGUGUCUCGUAUGCCAUAAAAAAAAAAUAUAUUUGCGACUGCUCGUCUAAAGACCUCUGUCGACUAAAUGGGCUCAGCCUUAUGAUCCUUCCAUAGUUUGUAGGCCAAACCGUUCGGAAGCUACAGACAUUACGUAAAGAAAACCGAUUUUUCGGGACGUCUCAUGGUCUGACAAACACCGCUGUAGCUGGGUCACCUUCCACCGCAGGUGCGGAAGGCCGCCAUUAGCGGAUGCGGUGGAUUGAGACGCAGCCAUUGCAAAAAACAGCUAUAUCUAGCUUAAACAGAUGGAUUUCGAUUGGGAUUUUUUAAUGCUAGUUAGAUUUCCGUGGGGACGCGGAUAUCGACUCUAGUUUUUUUUUUUAAGACCUUCACAUGAAAAACGAGGAAAAAGCGGCAGUAGUACUGUUUGUCCAUCUUGAGACACCGUAGCCUCUUGUGCCAAACAGCUGAAAAAUAUUGUUUGCCGAAGACCAAAAAACGUCACAAUGUAAUCAUAAUAUCCAGGGCUGAUAGCAUCAGCUGAUAUUGCACCAACUAGAUUCAAAGAAUAAUGUCCUACCUUAAAAACAGCGGUGUAUUUUAAAUGUACCUGCUCGUGAGUUGCUGCUGGAACUAUUGCUGCUGUAAUUUACAGUGCUAUGAAAAAGGAUUUGCCCCCUUUUCUAAUUUUCUCUACUUUUGCAUAUUUGUGAUACUGAAUGUUAUCAGAUCUUCAACCAAAACCUAAUAUUAGAUAAAGGGAACAUAAGUGAACAAAUAACACAACAAUUACAUAAUUAUUUCAUAAACAAAGUUAUGCAACACCCAAUUCCCCUGUGUGAAAAAGUAAUUGCCCCCUUACACUCAAUAACUGGUUGUGCCACCUUUAGCUGCAAUGAGAGGAAUUUUGGCCCACUCUUCCAUGCAGAACUGCUUUAACUCAGUGACAUGUGGGUUUUCAAGCAUGAACUGCUCGUUUCAACAUCUCAAUUGGGAUUAGGUCUGGACUUUGACUAGGCCAUUCCAAAACAUCCAAUUUGUUGCUUUUUAGCAAUUUUCAUGUAGACUAGAUUGUGUGUUUUGGAUCAUUGUCUUGCUGCAUGACCCAGCUGCGCUUCAGCUUCAGCUCACAGACGGAUGGCCUGACAUUCUCCUGAAUAAUUCUCUGAUACAGAGCAGAAUUCAUGGUUCCUUCUAUUAAGGCAAGUCGUCCAGGUCCUGAGGCAGCAAAGCAUCACACCACCACCACCAUGCUUGACCUUUGGUAUGAUGUUCUUACUGUGGAAUGCAGAGUUUGGUUUUCGCCAGGCAUAAUGGGACCCAUCUCGUCCAAAUUCUUGGAAGAACGUUCCUUGGACAGAUGAUUCAAAAGUAUAACUUUUUGGACGACAUGGUUCCAGUAAUGUCUGGCGAAAACCAAACUCUGCAUUCCACAGUAAGAACAUCAUACCAAAGGUCAAGCAUGGGAAGUGGAGCCUGCGAGAAGAGCCCUGUGGUUUCAGGCUAUUCGGCGUGGGAAAUUAAUUCACUGUUCAGCAGGACAAUAACCUAAAACACAAGGCCAAAUCUACACUGGAGUUGCUUACCAAGAAGACAGUGAAUGUUCCUGAGUGGCCGAGUUACACUUUGACUUAAAUCUACUUGAAAAUCUAUGGCAAGACAUGAAAAUGGUUGUCUUGCAGUGAUCAACAACCAAUUUGACAGAGCUUGAAGAAUUGUGAAAAUAAUAACGGGUAAAUGUUGCAGAAUCCAGGUGUGGAAAGCUCUUAGAGACUUACCCAGAAAGACUCACAGCUGGAAUCGCUGCCAAAGGUGCUUCUACAAAGUAUUGGCUCAGGGGUGUGAAUACUUAUGUAAAUGAGAUAUUUGUAUUUAUAUUUCAAUACAAUUGCAAACAUUUCAAGUAUGUUUUAACUUUGUCAUUAUGGUGUAUUGUGUGUAGAUGGGUGAGAAAAAUAAUUUGGGCUGUAAAACAAAAUGUGGAAUAAGUCAAGGGGUAUGAAUGCUUUCUGAAGGCACUGUAUGUGGAUCAUUUCUAGCCCAAAUGAAAUGAACUAAAUUUAAUUGGUGCAUGAAUGUGAUACUAGCUAUAUUGAAGGUUGAUAAGGGCCAACUCGGACAAUCAUCUAUUGAUAUCUUGUUGACAGUUCUUCAUUUAAUCUCUCUCUCUCUCUGUCUCUCUGUCUCUCUGUCUCUCUCUCUCUGUGCCUCUCUGUCUCUCGGUCUCUCUCUCUCUCUGUCUCUCUGUCUCUCUCUCUCUCUGCCUCUCUGUCUCUCUGUCUCUCUCUCUCUCUGUCUCUCUGUCUCUCUGUCUCUCUCUCUCUCUGCCUCUCUGUCUCUCUCUCUCUCUGUCUCUCUCUCUCUCUCUGUCUCGCUCUCUCUGCCUCUCUCUCUGUCUCUCUCUCUCCUCUCUCUCUCUCUCUCUCUCUCUCUCUACUCUCUCUCUCUCUCUCUCUCUCUCUCUCUCUCUCUCCUCUCUGCCUCUCUCUCUGUCUCUCUCCUCUCUCGCCUCUCUCUCGCUCUCUCUCUCUCUCUGCCUCUCUCUGUCUCUGUCUAUCUCUCUCUCUCUCUCUCUCUCUCUCUCUCUCUCUCUCUGUCUCUGUCUCUGUCUCUGUCUCUGUCUCUCUCUCUCUCUCUCUCUCUCUCUCUCUCUCUCUCUCUCUCUCUCUCUCUCUCUCUGUCUCUCUCUCUGUCUCUGCCUCUCUGCCUCUCUGCCUCUCUGCCUCUCUGCCUCUCUGCCUCUUGCCUCUCUCUCUCUCUCUCUCUCUCUGUCUCUGUCUCUCUGCCUCUCUCUCUCUCUCUCUGCCUCUGUCUCUGUCUCUCUCUGCCUCUCUCUCUGUCUCUGUCUCUCUCUCUCUCUCUCUCUCUCUCUCUGUCUCUGUCUCUGUCUCUCUCUCUCUCUGUCUCUCUCUCUCUCUCUCUCUCUCUCUCUCUCUCUCUCUCUCUCUCUCUCUCUCUCUGUGUCUCUGUCUCUGUCUCUGUCUCUCUGCCUCUCUCUCUCUCUCUCUGUCUCUGUCUCUCUCUGCCUCUGUCUCUGUCUCUGUCUCUGUCUCUCUCUCUCUCUGUCUCUCUCUCUCUCUGUCUCUGUCUCUGUCUCUGUCUCUGUCUCUGUCUGUCUCUCUCUCUCUCUCUAGAGCAGAUCCCAGAGCGUGGAAUAACAGAAGGAACAGCACUUCGUUCCACCCUGCCUCUGUUCACCCGGGGAGGAGGGGCCGGUGGGGGCCCUAUGGUAGUGAAUAGAAAUGUUCACUACAACAUAGUGGUGAAGAUGGAAAAUGGAGACUGGGGAUAUAUGGUGAGUGUCAAUAAGAGGAAGUGACGAUCCAUGUCCUGUGAAAUGGGCUACAACCGUUAGGACAGAUCAGGGGUAGCCUGAUCCCAGAUCAGUGGUAGCCUGAUCCCAGAUCAGUGGUAGCCCGAUCCCCGAUCAGUGGUAGCCCGAUCCCAGAUCUGUGGUAGCCCGAUCCCAGAUCAGUGGUAGCCCGAUCCCAGAUCAGUGGUAGCCCGAUCCCAGAUCAGUGGUAGCCCGAUCCCAGAUCAGUGGUAGCCCGAUCCCAGAUCUGUGGUAGCCUGAUCCCAGAUCUGUUCGCGCUGUCGUGACAAUGAGCUUGGCUUCCAUUUACCACAUAUGAUCCACUUGUUCAUGGACCAUAGGAGUUGGCGAGACAGCACAAACAGACCUGGGACCAGACUAGAAAUGUCACCCGGGAUUUACACAUCCAGUUUGUUUCUCUUUCUGUCUCCUGUAGAUGAAUGAAUGAACACUACCGGUCGAAAGUUUUAGAACACCUCCUCAUCCCAGGGUUUUUCUUUAUUUUUACUAUUUUCUACAUUGUAGAAUAAUAGUGAAGACAUCAAAACUAUGAAAUGACACAUAUGGAAUCAUGCAGUAACCAAAAAAGUGUUAAACAAAUCCAAAUAUUUUAUAUUUGAGAUUCUUCAAAUAGCCACCCUUUGCCUUGAUGACAGCUUUGCACACUCUUGGCAUUCUCUCAACCAGCUUCAUGAGGUAGUCACCUGGAAUGCAUUUCAAUUAACAGGUGUGCCUUCUUAAAAGUUAAUUUGAGGAAUGUAUUUCCUUCUUAAUGCGUUUGAGCCAAUCAGUUGUGUUGUGACAAGGUAGGGGGGGUAUACAGAAGACAGCCCUAUUUGGUAAAAGACCAAGUCCAUAUUAUGAUAUUAUAUAUGAUGUCAUAUUAUAUUAUGACUGACCCUGUGUCUGUCUGUCUAUAGAUGACUGACCCUGUGUCUGUCUGUCUAUAGAUGACUGACCCUGUGACCUUCAACGUGGGUGGCUGUCUAUAGAUGACUGACCCUGUGACCCUCAACGUGGGUGGCUGUCUAUAGAUGACUGACCCUGUGACCUUCAACGUGGGUGGCUGUCUAUAGAUGACUGACCCUGUGACCCUCAACGUGGGUGGCUGUCUAUAGAUGACUGACCCUGUGUCUGUCUGUCUAUAGAUGACUGACCCUGUGACCCUCAACGUGGGUGGCUGGCUGUCUAUAGAUGACUGACCCUGUGACCUUCAACGUGGGUGGCUGGCUGUCUAUAGAUGACUGACCCUGUGUCUGUCUGUCUAUAGAUGACUGACCCUGUGUCUGUCUGUCUAUAGAUGACUGACCCUGUGUCUGUCUGUCUAUAGAUGACUGACCCUGUGACCUUCAACGUGGGUGGCUGUCUAUAGAUGACUGACCCUGUGACCCUCAACGUGGGUGGCUGUCUAUAGAUGACUGACCCUGUGACCUUCAACGUGGGUGGCUGGCUGUCUAUAGAUGACUGACCCUGUGUCUGUCUGUCUAUAGAUGACUGACCCUGUGACCCUCAACGUGGGUGGCUGGCUGUCUAUAGAUGACUGACCCUGUGACCUUCAACGUGGGUGGCUGUCUAUAGAUGACUGACCCUGUGACCUUCAACGUGGGUGGCUGUCUAUAGAUGACUGACCCUGUGACCUUCAACGUGGGUGGCUGGCUGUCUAUAGAUGACUGACCCUGUGACCCUCAACGUGGGUGGCUGGCUGUCUAUAGAUGUGUGACCCUGUGUCUGUCUGUCUAUAGAUGACUGACCCUGUGACCCUCAACGUGGGUGGCUGUCUGUACUCCACGUCCCUGUCCACCCUGCAGCGUUACCCUGACUCCAUGCUAGGGGCCAUGUUCCGCGGGGACUUCCCCACCACCCUUGAUGCUCAGGUACUGUGGAGAGUUCAUGUGUGUACAUGCAUACCUGUAUGUAUACAUUUUGGUGGACAUGUUUAUCUCUCAGGGUGUGUAGGGUGUAAAUCCAGGGUUAGGAAAGUAUUCAGACCCCUUGACUUUCUCCACAUUUUGUUACGUGUCAGCCUUAUUCUAAAAUUGAUUAAAUAUUUUUUCCCCCCUCAUCAAUCUACACACAAUACCCCAUAAUGACAAUGCAAAAACAGGUUUUUAGAAAAUUUUGCAAAUGUAUUAAAAAUGGAAAUAUCACAUUUACGUAAGUAUUCAGACCCUUUACUCAGUACUUUGUUUAAGCACCUUUGGCUGCGAUUACAGCAUCAAGUCUUCUUGGGUAUGAUAUUACAAGCUUGACACAUCUGUUUUUGGGGAGUUUCUCCCAUUCUUCGCUGCCACCAUCAUGCUUCACCGUAGGGAUAGAGGCCACUGUGUUCUUGGGGACCUUAAAUGCUGCAGACAUUUUUGCUGCCCUUCCCCAGAUCUGUGCCUCGACACAAUCCUGUCUCUGAGCUCUACGGACAAUUCCUUCGACCUCAUGGCUUGGUUUUUUCUAUUUUAGAAUAAGGCUGUAACGUAACAAAAUGUGGAAAAAGGUAAGGGGUCUGAAUACUUUCCAAAUGCACUGUACAUACCUGUGUGUCUGUGUGACAUGGGAAUAUGACAAACUUUGAUUUGACAGGGACACUACUUCAUCGACCGAGACGGACCCCUGUUCCGCUACGUCCUGAACUUCCUCCGCACCUCGGAGCUCACCCUGCCCUGCGACUUCACGGAGAUGGAUCUGCUGCGGAAGGUAGCCGAGAGGUUAGAGCGGUGGACCAGCAACUGGAGGGUUGCCGGUUCAAAUCUGAGCUAGCAGAGGACUAUCCUCUGAGUGUGUUUCUCGGGGGGUGUUAGGAUAUCGUUUCGGUGUCUUUGUGACAUUUGACAAUAAAGUAAUCUCCUUUUUCUUCUUCGAAGGAGGCGGACUUCUACCAGAUCGAGCCGUUGAUCCAGUCUCUCACCGACACCAAACCUCUCUACCCCCUGGACACCUUCGAGGAGCUGGUGGAGCUCUCGUCAACCAGGAAACUGUCCAAGUACUCCAACCCUGUUGCCGUCAUCAUCACCCAGCUCACCAUCACCACCAAAGUCCACUCCCUACUGGAUGGGGUCUCUAACAGCUUCACCAAGUGGAUCAAACACAUGAUGGAUUCCAGGGACUUCCAGGUGUCCUUCACCUUUGGGCCGUGUGACUACCACCAGGAGGUGUCUCUCAGAGUACUCCUGGUGGACUACAUCUCCAAACAGGGCUUCAGCAUCCGGAACACCAGGGUCCACCACAUGAGUGAACGGGCCAAUGAGAACACAGUGGAGCACCACUGGACUUUCUGCCGACUAGCUCGCAAGGUCGACGACUGACAAUUAUGAUUUGGGGUUCAUUUUAUUGCUGAGUUGAAAUCAACUCCUAGUACUUACUCCCUGGCUGUAACCCUGGUCAU